GGCGGGCCAGUAUUGCCGGGUAGCGGCGGUGAGUGGGCUGGCCUGAGGCCUGGGGUCCGGGGGCUUUGGGGAGCCGGCCAGAGGGCGCGGAGAGAGCUUGGGAUCGCCGCCCGCUGCCGCCACCUGGCAUGUCGGCCGAGGCCUCAGGCCCGGCGGUAGCCGCGGCCCCGUCGCUGGAAGUCCCUAAGCCCUCGGGUCUCGAGACUGGUUCCGCCGCCUACGGUCUCAAGCCUCUGACCCCGAACAGCAAGUACGUGAAGCUAAACGUGGGCGGCUCGCUGCACUACACCACGCUGCGCACACUCACGGGACAGGACACUAUGCUCAAGGCCAUGUUCAGCGGCCGCGUGGAGGUGCUCACCGACGCCGGAGGUUGGGUGCUGAUCGACAGGAGCGGCCGCCAUUUUGGUACAAUCCUCAACUACCUGCGGGACGGGUCCGUGCCACUGCCUGAGAGUACCAGAGAACUGGGGGAGCUACUAGGUGAAGCGCGCUACUACCUGGUACAGGGCCUGAUUGAGGACUGCCAGCUGGCACUGCAGCAAAAAAGGGAGAAUCUGUCCCCGCUGUGCAUCAUUCCCACAGUGACAUCUUCCCGGGAGGAGCAGCAGCUCUUGGCCAGCACCUCCAAGCCCGUGGUGAAGCUUCUGCACAACCGCAGUAACAACAAGUACUCCUACACCAGCACUUCAGAUGACAACUUACUUAAGAACAUCGAGCUGUUUGACAAACUGGCCCUGCGCUUCCAUGGGCGGCUGCUCUUCCUCAAGGACGUCCUGGGGGACGAGAUCUGCUGCUGGUCUUUCUAUGGAAAGGGCCGCAAAAUUGCUGAGGUAUGCUGCACCUCCAUCGUCUAUGCUACAGAGAAGAAGCAGACCAAGGUGGAAUUCCCAGAAGCCCGGAUCUUUGAGGAGACCCUGAACAUCCUGAUCUAUGAGACUCCUCGGGGCCCAGAUCCAGCCCUCCUGGAGGCCACAGGGGGUGCAGCUGGUGGGGGGGGGGCAGGCCGAGGGGAGGAUGAAGAAAACCGAGAGCACCGUGUCCGCAGGAUCCACGUCCGGCGCCAUAUCACCCAUGACGAGCGUCCUCAUGGCCAACAGAUUGUCUUCAAGGACUGACCUUUAACCCUUCCCAUCUUCUUCCUGCCUCUGGGACCCAGUCCCAUCCUCUCUUUUCCUCCCCUUCCCAGACCUUUGCCCCGGCUCUGCUGGCCAAGUCGUGGGUCCUCCUUCUGUCCCUUCAUUGCAUGGUACUGUUCACUUUGGCCCUUCUCCAUUCAUUCCCUCCUCAUUGCUAACAACACGGUACAUUCCAGCCCCUCCCCUCAGUCAGAGCCCUUCAGAAGGCCAACUCAUCCCCAUUCUCAUCCUGCUAUCUUUCCCUCACCAAUUGGUUUAGAAUGACUUAGAUUCCCUUUUUCUUUCUUGGUAUGUGCACAUGCCAGAGUAUGAAGCCAGCCCCUCAUAACAUCCCCACACACUGAGCCACGCCACCUCCUUCCCCACCUCCUCCCUCCCUAAUUUUGUAUGAGGCUGGCCUGGGCCUGCACCAGCUCAGCUACCUUCU